UCAAAAAGGAAGAAAAAAAAUGAGACCUUUUUCCUCUUUAUUCCCUGUGGGCCAUGACAGCCCCUUACAUCCCAUAGUCCCGCCCACCCCCUGCCCUAUCUCAGGCAUUAACAAGUAAAAAAAACAAAAAACAACAUAACUCACGGAAAACUCAAAUCAAGGCAAAAUAAGGAAUCCACUAACAAACCUGUGGGAAUCUAACAGUGGAUAGCGAGGCUUCGGGGCCCUUUUGCAGGAACAUCCAUGUGUGCCCUGCUGAAGUUUGGAGAAAUCAGUGGACAACAAUGGAAAAGUUGUGUUUGUGAACAGGUUGGAAAGUUUGGGUCAAAGGAAAAAAAAUCGCUUUCUUCUUGCACGGAUGUGGUUUCGGGAGUCGCCAACAUAAAAGUUUUGGAUAAAGCGGAGGGAAUGGACGGCGGUGCCAAAGGUGUUUGGAUACGUUUCAUCGGUGGCAGUUAAAAUUUGCGUGUGUGCGCUUUAACAGAAGAGAAAAAAAAGAACAUGAACAAUGGCUGGAAGAGAGAGGAAGAAGAACCCGGCUGUGUACCGCAGCGUUUCUUUCAAAAAGCUGAGCUCCUGGAGCGCCAACAGCUCUCAGGAACAGCAACACAAAUCAGAGGAUUUACAGGCAGCUGGCGUCGCCCUUCCCCCGGAGCUGAGCAGAGCGGAGCAGCCCUUGGCGACGAAUAAUGUUAGUGUGUCAAGAAAAGUUUCCAAAAUCUCUGCCACCGCCAGCCUCUCAACCGCAGCUCUAAAGAGUUGCUCCUCCACUCCUCUCUCCUCCAUUUCUCCAUCCAUCCGCCAGCUCACUCAGAAGUUCAGCAGCAGCAGCGGCUCCGUCAGGACGUACGGAGAAACACCGGGCGAUGGUGCAGCAACCACCCGGGUGUGCAGCACUCUUCCGCGGGCCAAGAGCUGCAGGAGAGAGGGGUCUGUGAGUCGUAAAUCUUUUCACGAGGACAACAGUGGUGGAUGUUUGCAGGACAGUGAUUCAACAACAACAACAACAACAACAACAACAACAACAGCUACAGCAGCAGCAGCAGCUCCCACGGGCAUCAGAGUGCAUAAGUUUCAUUCAGGCACCGACUCUGUGUCUGGCUCAGACUCGGAGAAGAAAAGUGAGAAAUUGAUUUUAACCCAUGUGCCGGCCGACAGCUGCAGCUCCGGUAAGAGACAUUAUUCUCAGAUCAAUGCAUGUUCGCCUGACCCCAGGAAGUCUCUGAUCACAGAUGAGGAAGAGGAUGUUGGUAGGAGAGGAGCUUCUACACCCUGUAAAUCUCACAGAACUUAUCUGGCCACUCACCACACUGACUUUAUCCCCCUGCAUGCAGACAAGUGGCCCAGUGUCACCAAAAUUCGACAGAUUUUUGAUGGGGGACAGCAGGACAAGUUGGACCCGUGUCAGAAUUUAAAAACAACUCAAGAGGUCAGCCCUAGUGAAAGUGGCCAACUCUCUGAUCGAUCUUGCGGCUCUCCUCUCUUUAUAAAAUGUCAGUCAGGAGCAGGGGGCAGUUCGGCCGAGGAGACAUUUUGUUAUGUUAUGGACUUGAAUUCCAAGGCUGACUCAGAGCACCUGCGUGACGAGGCAGGACACACAGAGACGAAAAGUUCUCAUCGCAACCAAAAAGUUUCUGGCAGCAGGUACACUGGGCUUUGUCACUACCAAAUAACCAACCCGUCCUCAUUCAGAUCUUACAGUCCCAGCACUGAGACAGACACGGUCUGUGAGACCCCUGAGGCGCCGAGGUUGACAUCUGACCCCAACCCUGACCUUCAACCCCCUGCUGCUCCGUCAUUGAGACAGUCGUUGAGUAUAGACACCUCCCGCUGCUUCGACUCUCCUCAGCAGCCAACGGUGAGGGAGAGAAGGGAUAGACAGGGGGUCGGGCUGCCCAGGGAUAGUUUACAUUCCUCACAUAGCUCCACUAGAACACCAGCCCCCAACUCCUCCUCCUCCCCCUCUGCCGCUACAGGUCUAGAUAGAGCCAAUACCUCCUCCUGUACUGUAGCUCCCUCCUCUGAACUUAGAGCCCCAGCAAUUGUUGUCUCUCCUAUAACCUCCCAGUGGCGUUCCAGUUCUGCGGACGAAGAGGAGGAGCACAGCAGGAGAAUCCAAGGAGAUAGAGGAGAAUGUUGGAGUAGUACCUCCAGCCCUACUCCAUCUCUCUCCUGUAGAGGAGGAGAAAAAAGUGCCCCCGAACGAGUUGGCAGCUAUUUAUCCCGCAACAAAAAUGGCUGGUGGGCUAGUAAACAUAUUGGCAGGUCUUCAGGCAGUGAGGAGGACAGCCCUGGUUCUUUAGGCUCCCACAGUCGAGAAGCUGUGCGGCGACGUUCUCUGAGAAAGAAGAAGAAAGUCGUUGGAGCUGCUCAAGCCACGGGGCGGGAUAAUUAUGACGAUCAUAACGGUGAAUCAGAAGACAGUGACAGUGACAUGGCCAUGACAAUGGAGCGCACAGACAGGCGUCACCCACAGAGCAAAGGAGGGGACUAUGUACGAACAUUGUCUCGGAGUCUGUCAGCGAGAGAAAAUUUCGGCCAUAGCAACCGAGCUAGGGUGCAGCAGUGGGAGCGCAUAUCCUCAUCCGCCAAAUCCACAACGCUUCCUGGUGUUUCUCGAGUGUCAAAGGUCAAUAUCCCUUCAUUUCUGUCCAGUCCUGGAGGUUCAGGUUGCAGCAGUAGAUACUCCAGCACUGAAACACUGAAGGAAGAGUCGACGGCCAGCUGUGGCAAACGUGAAGCAAAUAUGAUUUUUAACAAAAGUGAAGUCGGACGCAGCAAUAACAGGCCCGCGUCCAUGUCUAUGCAGAGUAAAACCUACCAUGGGAAUUUUACUAUGUACCGCUCCCCGAGUUUUGGCCAUGGUGACAACUUCUCCCAUAACCCUGCGGGAGUAAGGCCCAAAAUGAUACCCCCUGUGGCUUCCUCGCCUGGUGUAGGUCCUAGGCAAAUCGUCAUGUCGGCAGAAGCUAAGGAUAGCGAAACCAAAGCAUUGAAGAGAACAACUGUUGAAGGUGGGAGCGGUGACAGUAAAAACCAAAUAUCUACGUCCAACCCUGAUAUCACCUCUGACACCAUGACGCUCUUAAGCUUCUUGAAGUCUGACCUGUCAGAACUCAGGGUGCGGAAACCAAGUGGGGGGGACAGAUCCGGGGUCGUGGAGGGGUCAGCAGUGUACAGGAUGGGCUCACGUCCUCAUGGUGGCACUAUACAGUCAUCUGGUCGUCGGCCAUCGCUGAAAGACCUGACUGCCACCCUUCGACGUGCAAAAUCCUUCACCUAUUCAGACAAACACAGCACGACUGACAGGUAUGACAUGGCAGGAGGUCCUGCAAAGAGGAGCUCCUCUGAGCUGGACUUGGAAGUAGAGAGGGUUUCAGUGUCAGACAGGGAGGUGGAAAGUGAUGGAGGAGGUUUUGGAGUCAGGGCGGGGCUCAGAAGGAGAGAUUAUAGAUUUGAUGAUGAUGAUGAUGAGGUGAUGCCGACUCCGUUGCAGGAGAAGUACGUGCAGGAAGCCCGGCAGGUCAUACAGGAUAUCUGCCAAAUGAGUACUAGGGAAGACGACGACGAUGUUUUCUCAGUAAGAACUGAUGAUGAUUUAGAUGAAGAAUGUUUUCAGGUCAAGAAAAUGGGUGAGGUGAAGGAAAAAGAAGGAGUGAAUGUACAAGAUGAAGCCAGGAGAGGUGAAGAUUCUCCGUCUAACAAUAGAGAAGACAGAGAUGAGCACGGACGUGAGAGGGGGAUAGAGAACAGAGAGAGGGAGGGGGCGCAGUUAGAGAAGUUAAACAGCCGGGCCACAGACUACGGCGAAAAGGCACAAAUGCAGCGAAGAGAUGUGGAGAAAACCUUACUGAAGUGCGACUCAGAAGAAAACAUGUUCUAUGAGCGCUCUCUAGACGAACUCUCUGGCCACGAAUCCAGUUUGACAGAUGAAGGGAUUGUAACGGAGCCAGAGCUUGGUCCACUCGACUGCUCUGACAGGUCAUUCGUUGCCCCAGCAAGUAUUAUAUUUGGAUCUCAAACACCAAGGGACGUGACAGGGCAGCCAGUCUCAGUAUGGAAACAGUCAGCUCUCCAAAAGGUACAAGGGUUUAAGAAGGAUCUGGACCAAAUAACCAAGAACAGUAUCAGUUGUAACACUGACCUGAGUGCAGCCAGUGUAACUCCUUCCUUGCCUCCUUCUGCCUGUUUAGCCGAAAGUGACUGCAUUAUCACAGAUAAGGAUUCUGCAUUAAAUGUCAACAGCAUCAACUUCACUGGAGAGGAGAUUACCGUUAACAACAGAGGGCUCCAGGAUUCUCCAGCCUCCCUGGCCAAAGGACUUGAAACCCCUGCAACUCCCAGUUCUGUUCGUCGAAGGCGCAAGUUCUCUCCUUCUGGUAGUGCCACGGGCUCUGACUCCAGCAAUGGCAGUAAUUCAGAAUCAACAGUAGCUUCUGUUGGAAACGGGGAGUCUGCGGUGUACCGUUCUCUCAGCGACCCCAUGCCUCAGCGGUGUUGCUCUGUAGCAGAGGAAGGCAAUAACACAUUCUCUUCUGUAGACAGUAACCUUUUAGGAUCCUUGUCGGUCAAAGGAGGCGGCGGAGGUGUGUUGGAGGUAUCCGAUGUGGCCACCUCCUCAGAAUACAAAGGCAGUGCCGCCAGUGAUUUGUCCCUCUGCAGUGACAUUGGACUGCGGGACGAUUGUGUUCAAGACUACAGCGGAGUAAUAAGAAGCAUCGUAGCUGAACCAGGAGCCAUGGACCGACUGAUGACAGACGACCACAGCAACGGUAAAGGUCCAAAAAAGAAGUCCUUCAGUGAUCCCAGUCGCCGCAGUGAUGUCUCCUUGCUUUCCCAGAAUGACCCUCAGUUUAAAGGUCAACCUAGCAGUUCUCAACCAAUUGGCGAGAUGGACCCACCGGGCCAGAUCCCACCUUCUAGCAGUGAGCCAAUUCUGAGUGAACAGAGAGAGCAACAGUGGAUGCCGCAAGCUGAGUCUGCCCAGACAGGAAGUCAUAAAGUCAAGAAGGUUCGAUCACAGUCAGAGUGUCUACCUGUCCCUGAUAGCCGCGAUGGACCUGCGGAUGUCACUGACCAAGGAGAGGAGAAAGAUGACGAACUAGGAAAGUUUAACUUCAACCUCCAUCUUGCUGAAGCGCUGUCUCCCAGAAUGAUUCGCCGGCCCUGCAGGAAACGUCCGAACAGACUGGCUCACUUUUUCUCUCACGAAGACCCAUUAGAGCCUUCAGAAUACUGUCCCGAAGGACAAAAGCAUCAGAAUGAUCACAAUGACCUCACUCCACUUCCUCCCAGUUCUCUGCUGCCACUCAAGUCCAGAUCCAAAACGAAACCCAAGCACAUCCGCCAUGCCAGUGAACCUUCAACCUUCAUCCCCAUUUCCCCACCUCCACAACUGCAGCCGCUGAAAGAGGUAGACUGCCUUUCUCCCAGAUCACCUGCAGGGGCACCAACGCCAGUUCAGUCUCCUGCAGAAGAAGCUCCAUCUCUGCAGGAUGCGACCCAGAAGUACAGUUUUGAACAGAGCACGACAGACAGACAAUGUGAAGGCCCAGGCCCAGGGGCCCCUCAGGUGUCCAGGUAUGGAGUCGAUGCUUCGGCCUCUGCUUUAGAGGUGCAGAAUAAGACCAGCAACAGUGGAAUUACAGAACCCAGGAUACAAAAGAAGGACGUGGAGGAUGCUGUGCCACAGACGACCAAGCCCAGAGUGGACAUGAGGAAACAUGUAAUGAUGACCCUCCUGGACACAGAGCAGUCAUAUGUGGAGUCGUUACGCACUCUUGUUCAGGGCUACAUGCGUCCUCUCAAGCAGGCAGACGGCGGCUCCAUAGUGGACCCUCUUCUGGUGGACGAGAUGUUUUAUCAGAUCCCAGAGAUUCUGGAACAUCACGAGCAUUUCCUGGAGCUAGUCGUUGGCUGCGUCAACCAAUGGCACGACAAGCAAACAGUCGGGCACCUCCUGAUCCAAUCAUUCUCCAAAGAGAACAUCGCAAACAUGUAUUCAGCCUACAUAGACAACUUUCUCAAUGCCAAAGAUGCAGUGAGGAUUGCAAAGGAGGCCAAACCUGCGUUUCACAAAUUUCUGGAGCAAAAUAUGCGUGAGAACAAAGAGAAACAAGGUCUGGGUGACCUGAUGAUAAAGCCUGUGCAGAGGAUUCCUCGAUAUGAGCUGCUGGUCAAGGACCUGCUGAAGCACACUGCGGACGACCACCCGGACCACUCCUUCCUGCUGGAUGCACAGAGGGACAUCAAGCGAUUGGCCGAGAAGAUCAACAAGGGCCGUCGCUCGGCCGAGGAGGCGGAGAGAGAGACCAGGGUCAUCCAGGAGAUCGAGGCUCAUAUAGAAGGCAUUGAACAUAUACUGAAUCCUCAGAGGAAGUUCCUGAGGCAGGAAAUGGUCAUGGAGGCGAAGACAGUGGGCGGAAAGAAGGACCGUUCCCUCUUUCUCUUCAGCGAUCUGAUCAUCUGCACCACCCUGAAGAGGAAAUCUGGUUCUUUAAGACGCAGCUCCAUGAGCCUAUACUCUGCUGCCAGCGUCAUCGACACAUCCAGUAAAUACAAAUUCUUGUGGAAACUUCCUCUGGAGGAUGUGGAGGUGGUGAAAAGCACCGCGCAGGCAGCAAACAAGGAGAGCAUCCAGAAGACGAUAAGUCGACUGGACGAAGAUCUGAGCAUGCUGGGUCAGAUCAGCAAGCUGUCCGAGACCCUCAGCUUCCCACACCAGUCUCUGGAUGAGGUCAUCAAAGAUCUGACAGCGUCUGUGCACAGGGAGCUCACAGAGAAACAGUCUCUGGCCUUCAGCAUGACCUUCCUGCCCACGAAGCUGGAGUUCACGACGGCCUCCGCCGAGAGCAGCUUCGUCUUUGAGUUCAGCUCCCCGGAUGCUCGCUCUAACUUUGAACAGACUUUUGAAGAUGCCAAGAAGAAGCUCGCAAUGAACAAGGACCAGUGGGACCCGGAGUUUCUGAAGGCAAUUCCGAUAAUGAAGACACGGAGCGGCAUGCAGUUUUCCUGUGCCUCCCCCAGCCACAGCUGCCCUGACAGCGGUUGUGAAGUGUGGGUGUGUAACAGUGACGGAUAUGUAGGACAGGUCUGUCUGCUGAACAUCAAAGAUGAGCCUACAGUGGAGGCCUGCAUCGCCGUCUGCUCAGCCAGGAUCAUCUGCAUUGCUGCCGUGCCAGGACUUAAGGGAAGAGAGCGUGUAUCAGAGUCCGCAGUCGUCCCUCCGUCCAGACCCCCUGGUCAGCAACUCCACAUAUCUAUCUCUCAUUCCUCGCUGGAAAUGACAGAACAACCUACAGGGGCGAAGCUGGUUCCAUUUGACAGCGAUGACACAGAUGAUGAAGAUUCUCCCAGCCCUUCCUCCACCCUACAGAGUCAGGCCAGUCACUCCACCAUCUCAUCCAGCUACGGAAAUGACGAAGGCCCCAGCUCCAAGGAAAUGGCUGCAGAGACCACCAGCAGUGAAGAGGAGCAGGAAUUCCCAGUGGCAGGUUCCUACGGACCUCCAAGAGUCCUGGGGGUUGGAGGAGGAAGUCGUACCCAGGCUGAGAGCCCUAUGGAUGGCCGUGCCAUGCGCAGAUCCUCCCGCGGUUCCUUCACCAGGGCGAGUCUGGAGGAUCUGCUCAGCAUCGACCCCGAGGCCUACCAGAGCUCAGUGUGGCUGGGGACAGAGGACGGAUGCAUCCACGUGUACCAGUCCUCAGACAACAUUCGCAACCGCAAAAACAGCAUGAAGAUGCAGCACUCUGCUUCCAUCCUCUGUAUUCUAUAUUUGGACAACAAAGUGUUUGUGUCCUUAGCCAAUGGAGAAGUGAUUGUUUACCAGAGGGAGGCAGGCAGUUUCUGGGACCCUCAGUCAUCACAAACCUUAGUUCUGGGCUCCCCCAGUAGUCCUGUCACCAAAAUGGUUCCUGUAGCAGGGAAGCUGUGGUGUGGCUCACAGAAUAGAGUUCUCAUCCUCAAUACAGCUACACUGGUACAGGAGCACUGGUUCCAGGUGGGCAGCGACAGCAGUCGGUGUGUGACGUGCAUGGUGGUCUACGGUCAGGGCGUGUGGUUGGCUUUGCAGGGCAGUGCCCAGGUGAGACUGUACCACGCUCAGACCUGGGAGACGCUGACAGAGGUGGAUGUGGCUCCGGCUGUGCACAAGAUGCUGGCAGGUGCAGACGCCAUCAUCAGACAACACAAAGCUGCCUGUCUGAGAAUCACAGCACUGCUGGCCUGUAAAGAUUUACUGUGGAUCGGAACAAGUGCAGGGGUGGUCCUUACCCUCGUUAUCCCUGCAGUGAGCUCAGGAACUGGGUCAAUAAAUCUGAAAUCACCCCUGGUGCCCAUGGGCUCAGCUCACGGACACACGGGCCACGUUCGAUUUUUGACGUCAAUCGAACUGCCAGAGGGGAUUGACAUGAACUUCCCUCCUACAACAGAAUCUACAGUGUCCAGUCACUGCCAGAGCAGCAGCACGGUGGACGGAAACCUCCAAAGGCAUGACUCCAUACGUCGGAGAGCUUCGGCUCACAUCCCUCCAAAAACCAACCAUCUGGUCAUUUCUGGUGGCGACGGUUACGAGGACUUCAGACUGACUAACAGUAGUGAAACAGUGGGUCGGGAUGACAGCACCAACCAUCUUUUACUGUGGAAGGUCUAAGACCAUCAAACCCUGGUCAAAGCCUUAUUUGCCACUGAAGAUGCUCAGUCCACAAGUCUCUAUGUGCAAAAUGUGACGUUCGGCUCCGGCCUGAACCUACACAUGAAGAUGAUCGCGUCAAACUCUGCUUUCAUGUGUACUUUUUGUUUUCAUUUUGACAAUGUGCUUUGGUCCUCACUGUGACAUUUGAACUGGUGGGAAAGUACAUAAGUCGAGGAGAUGGAAAGAAAAUGUUGACAUGUCAACACAUGAGAAUAAUGUGAUGAUGAUGAUGAUGACGUCUGAAGGACUCUUCAGGACUUGGACACCAAGCUUCUAAAUUCUAACCGUCUGCAGUCCUAACAACAUAAGGAUGAAAUAGUGGUUGUUGUUUUUUCCCUUUUAAAAAUGUGAUUGCCCAGAUCACCCUGUAAUGACAGAUCUGGGAUCAGAUCCUCCUGGUAAGAAUGUAAGAGUUUCUACUACUUGUCAGACGAUGUUGCCUAAAUCACACAAAGCAUCACUUAAGUGCAAUAUCUAUGAUGUUUGUAGUAAAACUACACGCAAACACGUCGAGUUACAUACUUCAGCGAACAGCUCUCACUCUCUGAAUUGUUUAUAUAUAUAAACUUAGAGCCUCCUCUCCAGCCACCAAUCAAAUCGCUUCUCUAAUUUGCUGCGGUGAACCGAUCACAGCAGUGGAAAUGAGUGCACUGCAUGUGUUUCUCCCUCAUGUGACUGAACAAGGCCUUUCAUGUCUGAGAGUUUUGAUAUUAAGGGAAUUUUGCCAUGAAAUUUCAAUUUAUUGAUUGUUCUGUCAGGAGAGAAAAGUGGACUGGGCUUUUUGCUGAUUUUUUACAGCAGAGAAAUAAUAAAUAAUGACAGCAGAUAUGUACAGUAUUUAUGUUUGUUUUUUUUAUUUUAGCGCCUUCUUUUACAGCACUUAAUUUAUAGAAAAUGUAGCUUUUCACCUUUUUCCUGUUCUUUUUGAGUAGAAGGACACAGAAGCCUUGACGAGAAAAGGAGAAGACGAUGUAGCGUAAGACAGAGGCAACAGUCUCAUGAUUGGGUUAAUGUACAAACUGGGGCUUUUAUUUUGGAGGGUUAUGGUUCAAUAAAUGUAAAGUGACAACAGUAUAAAAUAAAGUAGUUUGUCUUCACCAAAUUUUUUUGACUGCAAAUGACUAAAAAUCUGCACGGCUAAGGAAAUGUGUUAAAAAUGUCACUUCCUGAAAUGCAAACGUUUAGCCGCUAUUGUGCCAAAAAAACAAACAAACAAACUGAGAAGUCUGUGAUUUUCAAACAAAAUGCAUGACUUCAUUUUGUGAGAGCAAAGAAAACAAACCCUUUUCAUUCUUUAUUUUGAAAGUCGGGGAUUAGACAUGUUUAGCUCCUACACGUGCCUGCAGAUUAAAGUUAAGCCAUUUUACACACACACACACGUGUAUAUAUGUAUAUAUGGAGCGGAAAAUCCGACCACUGUCAUCCUCCAGGACACCACAUGGAAAGUGCAAAAACACAAAUGAGUUUACGAAGCAAUUUUUUGUAAGUUUAAAAACUUAAACAAAAUGUACCCCCAAACUUGUACCAUGUUCCUUCCUAAUGCACUAAAGUCAUCAGAUGUAAACUCACUCACUUUUUAAGGUUAAGCAGUGAUUUUCCUUGAUCCCUCCAAGCCUGAGUGUAAACCUCAUCGCACCUUAAGCAGCCAUCUGUGCUCCACAUCUGAGCUUUUGCACAUGGAUGAAAACAACCACACUGUUAAGAUAGGCAAAUAGACGAGAGGAUGGGCUGCUCAUUGUGAUAGCUGCUAAACACUGUGCACGCUGCGUUUGAAAAUAUCGAAUAUUAUUGUCAUUAUUUUUAAAUCCUUGUGGUAGAAAAAAAAACCCAGUAACAAUUAUAAAUCCUGUAUGUUCUUUCUGGUCUGAGAAAAAUAAAACAUUCAAAAGUUGUGAUAUAAAAUGUUUGGUGGAUCCACCUGCCACUUCUUGUUCGAAAUUAAAAUUGCUCCGUUGUGUACGGAGCACUAUGUUCCGCAAAAACAUUUGUAUACUUAGGCGCAUUGCAAGGAUUCUUGGAAACACUUCACAGAAAUGUUGCCCAGAACUGGGUUCUAUUUGUUUCCAAUUAUUAGUGAAGCAGAUUUGUUUACUUCUGCUAAAAAAGAACAACCUGAAUGUUCUACAAUGUCAUUAGGUAGCAGUGAUUUAAUGUUGUGUGUAUUUCUGCGUAUUGACCUUUCAAUCACUGUUUAUCUAUGGUGUCAAAGUAAAUCUGUCGUAUGCAGGAAGGCUUUUUUUUUUUUUUUUUUUUUUUGAGCAGCACUACCAGAGUUGACCAGCAGGACAUGUACAUAAAUGAACCACAGAAAUUCCUUCCUCCUGACUCAUGCAUUCCCGUGUCCAACUGUUGUUGCGACUAAUGUCUACAUUGUUGGUUUUGACACCAGACUCUGACCUGAAGUCACCCCCAAAAGAUGUGCAUGCAGGCGCGUCAUAUGGUCAUGUAUUAAGUAAACUCUGACUAUGACUCCCAGAACGAAGCACGUCGCUGUCACCUCGGGGUCCUCGGUAAUCAUUCGACACGAAACUCCCUCUUACUGCCUGUAUGUGAAAAGUCUGUAUUGUUGUAAAUAUCGGUAAAUGUUGCAUUUUUUUUCUGUAAAUACUGCUCCCAACAAUGAAUUUCAUGGCAUAUUUUUAUAAUUUUUUUUUUUUCAGUUCUGACUUCCUUUGGCUUGUGCUGUUGGUUAUGUUUCAUUUAAAAAAGUCUUAUUUUCUUUUGGAACCAGAUCAGAGCAGAGCUGUUUCUGUUGCGACUGCUCUAAAAGGAGAUAACUAAUGAUGAACACCAUAUUAGGGACAUCCAGAGGUAGAAGAAGGAACACGUGGUCAAGACGCUGUAUAUUUCUGGUGGACAUCAUGCAAACGUUAUGGGUUCAGCUUUAGCUUAGUCAUGUUUUGUCUUUGUGGGUUUCUCUUUGUAAUUAAAUCAGUUCACUGGUGCCAUA